GGCACCGGCGACCCCGGUGGUGGUGGCGGCGGCCGGGGGAAGCCGCGGGGCCGGUCAUGCGGUUGCGGAGCCCGCGGCCCGGAGCGUCCGCCCAGCCCUGAGAGAGGCCCCGCAGGGCGCCCCCCGCCGCUGAGCAUGAGUCACUGCAGCAGUCGCGCCCUGACCCUGCUUAGCAGCGUGUUUGGUGCCUGCGGCCUGCUCCUCGUGGGCAUCGCGGUCAGCACGGACUACUGGCUGUACAUGGAGGAGGGGAUCGUGUUGCCGCAGAAUCAGACCACCGAGGUCAAGAUGGCGCUGCACGCUGGCCUCUGGCGAGUCUGCUUCUUUGCAGGUCGGGAGAAGGGUCGCUGUGUGGCCUCAGAAUACUUCCUUGAGCCAGAGAUCAACUUGGUGACGGAAAACACGGAGAAUAUUCUGAAGACAGUGCGCACGGCCACUCCCUUCCCCAUGGUCAGUCUGUUCCUCGUGUUCACGGCCUUCGUCAUAAGCAACAUCGGCCACAUCCGCCCACAGAGGACCAUUCUGGCCUUUGUUUCUGGCAUCUUCUUCAUCUUAUCAGGCCUCUCCUUGGUGGUGGGCUUGGUUCUGUACAUCUCCAGCAUCAAUGACGAGGUCAUGAACAGGCCCAGCAGCUCUGAGCAGUAUUUUCAUUAUCGCUACGGGUGGUCGUUUGCCUUCGCUGCUUCCUCCUUCCUGCUCAAAGAGGGAGCCGGGGUGAUGUCGGUGUACCUGUUCACCAAACGCUACGCAGAGGAGGAGAUGUACCGUCCGCAUCCGGCUUUCUACCGCCCGCGUCUCAGCGACUGCUCCGACUACUCCGGCCAGUUUCUGCAGCCCGAGGCGUGGCGCCGCGGCCGCAGCCCGUCGGACAUCUCCAGUGACGUCUCCAUCCAGAUGACGCAGAACUACCCUCCAGCCAUCAAGUACCCCGACCACCUGCACAUCUCCACCUCGCCCUGCUGAGACCCGGCGCUGGGAGCCCCCUUCCCGCUCCUGCUCCCUCUCCUGGGUCUCCCUGCAAGUUAGCUCGGCUCCCCUCGGGACU